CAUUUCUCCCACAAUCCAUCACUUCGGUAAACAAAUAACGGAUGACAAAUGUCAAGUAAGCUAGCUACAAUAGAAUAAAGUAAUAACAGCGCAUUUAUUUUGUAAUAAAGUAAAACACGUGAACAUUCACGGAAUGUCUGGACCAAAUGGAGAUCCAAACAUCUCAAUUGACGAUGGUAUCAUCGAGGACGAAGAUGAAUUCGAGGAGGAAGAGUUUGAAGCCAUUAACUCGGCGCUGGAUCAGAUCAACUCCUAUCUUGAUGAUAUAGAAGAUCGUAAUGAUUCACUUAAUGGCAAACUGCACGAACUAUUGGAGUCAAACCGGGAGACCCGACAGGAGUUUAGGGCCCAACUGCUGGGCUCACAGACCCCGGAGGAGAAGCUUUGUCCUCCAGAGGGGGACGCCUCUUCCACCAGCAAGGAAGACUUGGACAAGGACAAGGGGGAUUGAAAAUGAGUGAUGAUGGGGGCUAAGUUCAGCAAAAUACAGGGAUGUAAAUAUUUAUGAAAGUAUCUAACCUGUGUGGAUUCGACAACGUGGAUCUGAUCUCCUCAGCAGAUUUAUUGCUUCUCCACCAUCACUGGUGUCAAGAUAGUUUUCCUCCUGUGUUGAAAUGUGGUGUGCUGGUGUUUGGUUCCACAACUGAUUUUUAGAGUGACCUCUAGCAGCUUCUUAUACAAGUUGUAAACUGUAGUGAUGUUGGAAUAUUACUGUCAAAUCUCCUGUGUUGUUUAAAAAGCUAAUCAGACCCAAGUGGGACAUAGUAAGAACAAUUCUAAAGCCAGGAUAAAACAAGAACUUUAUUAAAAAGCUGACGCAUUGUUAAUUUAACAAUACAACAUGCUGAUAUAACAAUGACCUGCUCAAUGUUUCAGAAUUUGUCCUUGUGGCUAGUCAAACUGAUGUGUAGUGUUGAUCCAUUUUUGUGAUAAUUUCGGCUUUUUGUAUUCUAUGUUCCUGUCCCAAAAAGUAAAUAUGCAACGUUCAAAUGUCUACCAGUUGAUAUAAUAUGUUUUAUCUGCAGCAUUUCAAUCUGUUUAGGAUAAGUGAGCUCACAAGUGUUUGUGUGUGUUACUGUAAGUGACCAAAAAAUCAAAAUAAAGUCGACAAAGUGUG